AUGAUGUGUGGGCCUAGCGCCUCCUCGGGCGAAACGGUGGGCUCGAAACCCGGGCUGGCGGAGGUGCCCCGAAUCUCAGGUACCAACUCCAAUUCCAACGACCUGGUUGAGACGGUGCAAACACACCCCGCGUCCUGGCUGCAAAGCGUUUCUGCCGAGCUCCGGGCCAGGUUUAUUGAUGGCUUUUCGCCGGCCUACUUUGCGUCGGUCAUGGGCACCGGCAUGUCGGCCAACUUGCUAUAUAACUUCCCGUACCCCGCGCGCUGGCUCCAGGUGUGUGGGAUAAUCAUGGCUCUCGUCGGGCUCGUGCUUUUCGUCGGGCUUUGCGGCUUCUUUGCGGUGGCCCUCUACUGCAGGCCCAGGCUCUUUUCGCAGAUCCACAGGGACCCGGUGGUGGCGCCGGCCAUGGGCUGUUUUGUCAUGGGCUACACCACGCUCUUCACGUUUUUGCACAACGUGCUCGGGGCCUCGUGGAUCGUCGGCGUGUGGGUGCUCUGGUGGGUGGUGGUUUUCGGCUCCUUCUACACGGGCAUCGUCACGUUCUACUUCUCGCUGAUGGCAAAACAUCGCAACAGCAAGAACAGGUUGGAGCCCACCAGCUUGGGCAUGCACUACCUCUUGCCGGUGGUGACCUUGACUGUGGCGGCGUCCAUGGGGGGCAUCAUCACGGCCGACUUGCCCACCACGAACGACAAGAUUGUCACGAUGACCGUCUCGUUGAUCAUGUGGGCCAUCGCCAUGCUCCUCGCCUCCAUCAUUGUCACCAUCAACUUCUGGCGCAUGCUCGUGCACAAGAUCCCGCACAGCGGCCAGGUGUUGGCCAUGUUUCUCCCGAUCGGGUUCGUGGGCCAGGGCGCAUUCGCAAUCCUAUACUUUGGGCAGAACUGCACGUUGCUUCUUUUGGAGCACCACGACACGGUGGCGGCUUCCCUGUACGUCUCCUUCUUGAGCGAUACUGCUCAGAACAACGGCGUGGCCUUGACGCACUUGCCGCUCCUCAUGUCCACGGCCAUCAUGGUCACGUGCUCCAUCGUGGCGUUCAUGCUGAUCGCGUUUGGGUUUCUCCUCACGGUCUUCGCCUACAUGUCUUUGGUUUCUAAGAUGUCGCCGUUUGCGAUCAAGAGAAACCACGCGUUCUUGUACCAGCCGACGAGCCGCCUGCCCAUCAAGAGGUUCUUUGCGGGCCUCCUCAAAUUCCAGCGUGGCUUCUGGUCCAUGACUUUCCCUUUGGGCACCAUGUCGCUAGCCAUCAACCACUUCUACAGCUUGUACAAUGGGUUCGUGGCCUUCAGGGUCGUGGCCACUAUUUAUGCAAUGUUGGUGCUCAUCACCACCUUGGGGUGCCUUGUUGGGGUGGUGUACAAGGGCUUGAUGAUCUUCAUAAGGGCGCGAGCCACGGCCGAGUCGAAAAACGAUGAGCAGGUGUGA